AUGGCCCUCCGCCGCUCCACCCGGCUGAGCGCGCUGCUUCCCCUCACAUCAACAUCAACUCCUCCAGCGGCGACACCAGCAUCCCAACGCCGCAACGGAGUCACAAAAGCCCGGAAACCAUCAACAAAAGAAAGACAGAAGAAGGCACAGACAAUCGAAACUAUACACUCGCACACUCAGUCCCUCACGGAUCCAGAUACUACCCAGCAAAACCCAGCAACGACUGCCCCUACCCUCCCGCCUCCCUCCGCGGCUGAAGUCAACAUCAACGCCCACAAUGGAAAUUAUUGGGAGAGUACACCGGUACAGAACAAACGCCCCCAAACGCCUCCCCCGCUCAACCGCCCCGUUGAACCGCACCGCACAAAUGCAACCCUCCUAACCCCGCAUGGCUCCUCCCUCGUCGCCUACCCGCCAGGAACAACAGGGACGGACAUCUCGCCCUCGAAGCCGGGUCUGCCCCGGCCGACAGCAACAACAGGCACACUACUCGACAAGGCAACAGCGCACUUGAUAGCGACAGAUCUGCGCCUGGAGCCGCUGAUUAAGGCGCAUCGCUGUAGCCUGUUCUCGCCGGAGGGGUUGGCCGAGAAGAUCGAUCCGUUCCGCAGCUUGGUGGGUACGAUCAUCGGGCAGCAGGUUUCCGGGGCGGCGGCGAGGUCAAUUAGGGAAAAGUUUGUGGCGUUGCUGUGGGGAUUGAAUCAUACGGGUAAUCAUGAAGUGAAAGAGGCUGAGAACGAGGGGUAUUUUCCUACCCCGGAGGAGAUUGUCCGCGUUGAUAUGCCUACAUUGCGGACGGCGGGCUUAUCCCAGCGCAAGGCUGAGUACAUCCACGGUUUGGCGGAGAAGUUUGCCAGCGGUGAAUUGAGCGCAAGGAUGCUACUGAAUGCUAGUGAUGAUGAGCUGCUGGAGAAGCUGACUGCGGUGAGGGGAUUGGGGAGGUGGUCAGUUGAGAUGUUUGCAUGUUUCACGCUAAAGCGGACUGAUGUGUUCUCAACGGGAGAUCUAGGCGUCCAGAGAGGAUGUGCGGCCUUCUUGGGGAAGGACGUGAGUAAACUCAAGGCAAAAGGUGGUAAGUUCAAGUACAUGUCCGAGAAUGAUAUGUUGGAGUUGGCCGCCAGGUUCGCGCCGUAUAGGAGCCUCUUUAUGUGGUACAUGUGGCGUGUAGUGGAAGUCGACGUUACUGUCAUGAGCAAGUAA